CGUCGUCCUCCUCGGCCUCAUUUCGACUUCCGGCGCCUGCGGUGGUUCGUCCCCGGCUCGCUCCCCGGCGUCUGACCGUGAGAGGAUGCGGUGAUUCGGUGGAGGUCACAGGAAAAAGGAGGAGACGAAGACCAGGGAAUGGGUACGGAGGUGCCGGUGGCGUGAGGAGCCUCGGUCGGCUAUGAGAGGAGGAGGAGGAGGAGGGGGGAUUCCCCUCUUUUUCUUCUCCGGUAGCAACCGGAGGAUCCCUCUCAGAUUCCGUCAGCUUUCCCCGGGAUCCUUCGCGAGGAUCAAGCCGCUCCUUUACUGGAAAGGUUACACUAUACUGAUUAACACAUGGAAGAGAAAUGACCUUCUGAAGCAAUCUGUUGUCCAUUAUGCUUCUUGUGUUGGAGUUGAAUCUAUUCACAUAGUGUGGAGUGAGCCUGAUCAACCUUCGGAUUCCUUAUGCGAUGCUUUGUGGCAAGCUGCACAACUAAAUUCAAGAGGUUGCAAUGGUACUGAGCUAAGAUUCGACUUAAAUGAAGAAGACAGUCUAAACAACAGGUUCAAGGAAAUCAUGGAUUUGGAGACAGAUGCUAUCUUUUCAAUCGAUGAUGAUGUUCUAUUUCCUUGUGCUUCAGUAGAGUUGGCUUUCAGAGUCUGGCAAAGCGCCCCUUCCACGAUGGUAGGAUUUGUACCUCGUAUGCAUCGGCUGGAUAGGAUGAAUUUCUUCUUUAGUUCAAAAAUUCCUGUCCAGAAAGGGAAUGAGGAAUACUAUAGGUAUGGAGGGUGGUGGUCCGUUUGGUGGAUGGGCACUUAUAGUAUGGUCCUCUCGAAGGCAGCAUUUUUCCACAGGAGGUAUCUCAAUCUUUACACAAACCACAUGCCUGCAUCUAUUCGUCAUUACGUAACCAAAUAUAGGAACUGUGAAGACAUUGCAAUGUCAUUCCUUGUCGCAAACACAACAGGUUCUCCUCCUAUAUGGGUGAAAGGAUGUGGAUCGCAAAUUGAUGAUGUUAAAUUGGAUUUUAUAUUAGUCAAACGGAUUCGGAUUCUGUUCUCAUUCCCAAUGGGCUGGGCCAAGAAACCUUUCGGCCGACAUUGGCAUUGGAUGCAGCGGCCUUUUAAUGGACAAUGUCGCGGACAAAUCUUGAAUAGCUUCUUAUCCGCUCUCUUCCAUCUCUCGCUCGCUCUCGCCCUCACGAUGGCGCUUCUCACCCUGGGACUGGAGAUGGGCGCCGCUCCCGUCGCCGUGGCCGCCUCGCGCCUCUCCUUCUCGCGGAGCGGGAGCCUCGUGGGUUCGUCCUCUGUCGUCUCCCUGUCUCUUCUGUCGGCCUCGACGCCCCUCACCUCCGCGCACGCUCCUCCUCCUUCCCUCUCCAUUAACUGCGGCAGAGGCGAUAAGAAGACCGCGAAAGGGAAGCGGUUCAAGCAUUCCUUCGGAAACGCGCGGCCUCGGGACAAGACGAAGGGGAGAGGUCCGCCGCGGUCUCCGGUGCCGCCCUCGCCCCCUAAGAAGGACCGUUUCGAUGAUGGAGAGGUCGUCAAGAUCGAAAUCGAUGAGUCCCUCUUCUCCUAGCUCUUCUGAACAUUGCUUUUCUCGAUCUGUACUUCCUCGUGUAGCUUUUUUCUGCAAGUCGGAUUGCCUAAUCUUAACUCGUUGAACUUUCUCUGA